AGGCUGGGGAACGCAGGGUGUCGGUGAGGAGAGCACCUUGCCCUGAUCAUCUGACGGCAGACGGCUCCUCCCCGCUCCCUCCAGUCUGCUACGCAAAGCAGCGGCUCGGGCACAUAACUCUGCCCGCGCUUCUUCUACACACAGGCUCGUCUGCGUGAGCCAGAGACCGGAGUCGAGUUUUCCCACUUUGAAUAAACGAGGACUCCGAUCCCGCCGGUGUCUGCUUUCAGAUGAAUCAGUGAUGAGAGCGGCCGGGAAGAGAGACGGACGCUUUUCUUCUGUGCGGACCGGCAGUGCGCAGAAGUGCGCUCCGUGGUUCAGCAGCAUCUUCAUCCUCCUCUGCUCCUGAGAUCAACCCAAACCCGAGAGGCGCGCUGAGACCCUCACCGAGCACCCCGUGCGAGGGUUCCUGUUGUUCCAGCCAGACCUGUACAAUUAGAGAGGAAAGAGUGGAUUCUCGUUACACCAACCAGGACUGCUGAAUGUGGAACAGUGUGGCUUCCUCCUGUUAUCAUAGCGACUGGGUUCACAAGGAGCAGAUGUGCUGUGGACUGCCGAUGAUUUCUCCUCCUCCUCCAGGUCGAAUUCAAUGGCAGAGAAAGACUGCAUUUCCCACUGCUCUUGUUACCGCUGAGCUCAGAAAGACAGAUCUUGUCCACAGCUAAAUCACUCUUCUUUUCUUACUUCUGUCUCUUGCCGAUUCUCCACUCUAUAGCCCAUCACCAUGGCUUGUUUCCUGGCAUCUGCCUUUCUUCUGGUUCUCCAGACAUAUGCUGCCCCACCUGAGCUUGACCAGGCAGGAUUUGGCAUAACGCUGGACCCCAUAGACCUUGAUCCUGGACUACUAGCCAAUGUCUCUGGAGAUAUGUCCUCAUCUCCACCCCCAGGGACUAGUAAAAGAGCCCCACACAGCAUCAUUAUUGGGGUACGUAAGGGGGGUACGAGAGCACUGCUGGAGAUGCUUGACAUACACCCUGAGGUUGCUGCUGCUGCCACCGAGGUGCACUUCUUUGACUGGGAUGAGAACUAUGCCAAGGGCUUUGAGUGGUACCGUGAGUUGAUGCCCUACUCCUACCCACACCAGAUCACAGUGGAGAAAACUCCAGGUUACUUCACAUCAGCUCUCGCACCAGAACGGAUCUGCGCCAUGAACUCAUCCAUAAAGUUGCUACUGAUCUUACGAGACCCAGCUGAGCGUGUUAUUUCUGACUAUACCCAGGUGUACUUCAACCGGCUGGAGAACCACAAGCCGGUGCAAGCCAUUGAGAACCUGCUAGUACGCAAUGGAGCUUUGAAUAUCCGGUACAAGGCCAUUCAGAGAAGCCUGUAUGAUAUUCACAUGCGCAACUGGCUGCGCCACUUCCCCCUGGAGCAGAUACACAUUGUGGAUGGAGAUGCUCUCAUUCGCAACCCCUUGCCAGAGCUUCAGAAGGUGGAGCGCUUCCUCAACUUGCCCCCAAGGAUAGUUUCCUCCAACUUCUACUUCAACCAGACCAAGGGCUUUUACUGUAUUCGGAGUGAUGGUCGAGAGCGCUGUCUGCAUGAGUCUAAGGGACGUCCUCACCCAGCUGUCAAUAGCACUGUCCUCCAGCAGCUCCGCUCCUACCUACAAGAACACAACCGAACCUUCUUCAGGCUGGUGAGGCGCACUUUCGAUUGGCAAUAAGGAACCUGGAUCACAAAAUGGACUCAAGACAGUCACUCUUUGUCUGUGAUGAGGACAAAAAGAGGGCGUAAAGCACUUUACAGAACUGAUGUUUUAAAACCCCUCUUAAUAACUGCUGUUGUGAUCUCUGGUUUCAGCAGAGCUGUUCUAUAUUCAUACAAUAGGGCCACAAGAUAUGAAAAACUGUAACUAGAGGUGUAACAUUAAAUGGAAGAAUCUCCAAGCUUAAUAAGUCAUUCUGUCUGUGCUGGAAGCGUUUAAGUGAUCAAAAAAACAAAACAAAAAAACAACAAACAAACAAAAAAAAAAACAAGUUUGUGAAACUGAACUUUUUUCCCUCUCUCUUGUUUGAUAUUCUUGUUCUUGAUAAUAAAUUGUUCUGCUUCAAAAUGUA